AUGAAGUAUAAUUUCCGUACUCUCACCUUAUUUAUCGCCUCGGCAUUUGUAGUCAGUACAUGUGCAGAUCCUUCAGAGUCUUCUACUACCAUUGUAGACGAAAAGCCAGAAUUUAAGCCAACAAAGAUUAAAGCACCCUUCUUGGAACAGUUCACAAGUGACUGGUCAAACCGAUGGUCACCCAGUAGUGCCACAAAAGAAACCAAAGAAGGAGAUGAAACCUUUAGUUACGUUGGAAAAUGGGAAGUUGAAGAGCCUCGUGUUUAUCCUGGUAUAAAAGACGAUAAAGGUCUAGUCAUGAAAAGUGCAGCUGCUCAUCACGCUAUAUCUGCACUUAAAUUUCAAGAUGGGCUCGAAUGUGGUGGUGCUUAUUUAAAACUUUUAACCGAAUCCGAAAAAGGAAUUCAAGCUGUAGAGUUUUCAGAUAAAACACCUUAUACGAUUAUGUUUGGACCUGAUAAAUGUGGCAGUACGAACAAAAUUCACUUUAUCUUUCGACAUAAAAAUCCUAAAACUGGUGAAUAUGAAGAAAAACAUUUGAAGAGCGCCCCAUCAGCAUCAAUUAACAAAAUUAGUACUUUAUAUAGUCUUAUCGUGAGGCCUGAUAAUACAUUCGAAAUUCAAGUUAAUAAUGAAUCAGUUAAGAGUGGAAACCUUUUGGAAGAUUUUACACCACCUAUUAAUCCACCGAAAGAAAUUGAUGACCCUAAUGACAAAAAACCUAGUGACUGGGUUGAUGAUCCGAAGAUACCCGAUCCUAGUGCCAAAAAGCCAGAUGAUUGGGAUGAAGAUGCACCACUCGAAAUUCCUGAUGAAGAUGCCACAAAACCAGAAGGAUGGCUUGAUGAUGAGCCUUUGAACAUUCCAGAUCCAGAAGCCAAAAAACCUGCUGACUGGGAUGACGAAGAGGAUGGUGACUGGAUCCCUCCAACUGUAUCUAAUCCAAAAUGUGAGGAAGCACCUGGUUGUGGUGAAUGGAAACGUCCAAACAAGCGCAAUCCUAACUAUAAAGGAAAAUGGUACCCUCCACAGAUUGAUAAUCCAAAAUAUAAAGGUGCAUGGGCACCUCGUAAAAUUCCAAACCCUGAUUUCUUUGAAGAUUUGACUCCUUCUAAUUUUGAAAAGAUCGGCGCUGUUGGUUUUGAACUCUGGACUAUGCAAAGUAAUAUUUUGUUUGAUAACAUCUAUCUUGGCCAUUCUGAGGAAGACGCACAAGAGUUUGCCGAAGAGACAUGGGGUAUAAAACAUAAGAUUGAAAAGGCAGCAGAAGCCGCAGAAUUUCCAGAACCACAGAGUGAGACACCUAGUACAAUCGUUGAUACCAUACAAAAACAUGUCAACGAAUUCCUUGAAAUUUUCUACGAAGAUCCUAUGGAAGCUUUCAAAGAAAAACCAGAAGUUGCGGGUGGAUUAGCAGGAUUGGUCGUCAUACUAUUUUUACUCCUCGGAGCUUCUGCAUCACAUAAAAAGACUGACGAACCAACUCCUGAUGAUGAAGAUGCCGAUAAUAAAGGUGAUGCGAGUACGUCAAAAGAUGAUG